AUGAAACGUAUCAAGGAACAAAGGAGAACUCGACGCGGAGCCAGCGGUUCUGCAGCGGUCGCUUCCAAGGGCGCGAAAAUGACGGGGAUUCUACGGAACGCUACGGCAAACAGAUUACUACCGUUGAUACUUAGGCGCGAAGGCCGAUCGACCGCGAGAGUCGUGGCUUCCUGCGGGAGAAGACCUCGACUGGCGGAGGAGGUGCCAGGACUUUACAUUCGGCGGCUGACUCUCGAGGAUCCUCGGAGCGCGAAGGAACGGUCGAGCGGUUCAAGGUCGCGCACGCCACCGCGCCAUAUCUGUCAUCCCGCCGGUCCUUACGUCUCCUCCUCCUUCUUCUCCGGCCGUGGAUCUUCCAGUUACAGAUCGUGGCAGGAACGAGUGCGAAAGGAACGACCGGCCUACUUGACGAUCGUUUCUCUGGAGCUUCCGGAAGCACCGGUACCGCUGAUCGAAUCGCAGGGGAGCGGUCGCAACGACUCGGACGCUAAUCGGUCCGACGACAAGGACGACAUCCUCGACGAACUUUUGGAGAAAGUAAGCGAGGUCGGCAAGGAGAGAGAAAGGGAAUCUCGCGGGAGAAAGCUCGAUACGUUUUUCGGAGAGGGAAGAAGUCGGAAGAGGCAGGUCGGCUCGUUGGAAUGCACGAAGGAAGUCGCCACCCUCGAGGAAUGUACGAGAAACAUUCUUCGAGCUCGCCAAAAAGGGGAGAACGAGAUGCCGCCGAGGAAAGGAGGCUUUCGAGAAGAGGAUUGCAUGUGUUCCGAAAUCCCGGAGAAGUUGCGCGUCGACGUAAGAAAGAAGACGGAAGUUACGAGCGCGUCGUCGAGGAGCCCGAGCCCGGAGGUGACCCACACGAUAAGAAUCGCGAUGAAGUAUCACGGACGACCAGGACGACGCAACGAGGAGGAGAACAAGGAGGCUGGAAGAAGGGGUAGAAGAUCUCGAGGGGGGAACGCAAAGGAUAUUCGCGAAAGAACGACGACGAGUGGGCCGCUUGGAAAGGGGGAUGAGAUCGUUCGGGAGGAGGGUUGUUGCACCGGUGCGAACGUAGCUUUGGAUUUCACGUUGAAUUGCAACAGCGUGCGCCUGACGUCUCGUGACACAAGUCUCAAAGCUGGCGACGUCUCGCGAAACCCUUGCGAUUAGCGUUUCGAACCGCUUAGUCGGCGGUUCCGAUAGAUAGAUAGAUAAAAGAGUCGACGGCGAAAAUACGUUUUUCCAAACGAAUUUCUCUCGAUCGUCCAAAAGGCUCCGCCGCGUCGAUCGCGUUUAUAAAUAGCAGAGAGGAGACGAAGCGUAAUCGGAUAGAAAAAGAGGAAGAAGAAAAAGUAUAGAGGAGUCUCGGCAGAGUCUCCGGCAAAAGUAGAAGGACCGCUUCUCGCGCGAAUAACGAAAUUCGGAAUCGUGAAUCUCCCGGAGGGCAAUAAAUCGCAAUCUCCAGUUCGAUUUCUCCGAAGAAGAAGAAGCAGCAGCAGAAGAAGGAGGGGAGGGGGAGGAGGAGAGAAACGCACACUCGCGCACGCGCGCGGCCUAUUAAUUAGAUCGUCUAAUAAAUCGCCAGCAAGCGGACGGCCAAGUAGAAGCGCCGUUAGGCUCUUUCUCGUCGUCCUUCGGUUCUCUCGUCGUCCAAAGAAAGAAUCAGAAGAGAAACGAGAAGGUGGAGGAGGAGGAGGUUAAGAGGACGAAGAAGAAAGAAGAGGAGGAGGAAAAGAGAAGCGCGUAGGAUCGUACGAGAGGUUCCUUUUCUCCCGGUGGACCGGCGCAAGAUGAGAAUCGCGCGUCUAGCUUGGCCCCUUGGAAGGCCAAGAGAGCCAGCCCAAACCGGGUGAGAGAAGUUGGCCGGUUCUCCCUUCCCUCCACCUCCCCCCCCCCCCACUCUCUCUCUCUCUCUCGUCGCAUUUUUAUUCUGUCUGUGCUGUGUACGCUGCUCUCUCUAAGGGCGAAAAUGGUUCAUGGCCGUUUCCAACCGCCGAUUUCGUCGCGGAUCCUGCGAGGAGGAUCGACCACCUCCUCCUUCUCGUCCUCGGCCGUUGCUGCCGCUGCCGCCACCGUCGUCUCUCUUCUUUUUUCCCCCUUUUUUCUCUCUCCUCUCUUCUUGUUUCCGAUAAACGCGCGUUUGUAGAAAACCCGAGAAGUUUACACCCGGUACGAGCCGUUUCCCGCGAGAUUCGUAUAUUUGCGAUCAUAUUACGCGUUAUUUGCAUACCGCGCUCGUUCGAAUAACGUCAGGUUAGCGUUUAUUCCCUCCCCCUUCUUUUUCUCUUUUUAUUUUUCAACGGAUAAAAUUCAAAGUUAGAACGUCUCCUUUGUGAGAGAGUGGGAGAGAGAGAGAGAGAGAGGAACGUUAACGUCGUUGCGUCCGGCUGCAGUUAUAACGAGUAUGCGAAUAGGUAUCUAGUUUGCAUCGUGGACCGUAUUUUUCACGAGUCUCGAUAAAAAUAUAAACUUUAUCGCGAGAUAAAACCGCGUUUUAUCCCACCGUUUCGGUUAUUACGAAUGAGAGUUCAACCCUUUCGACGUUAUCUCCCGACGGAGAUACGUGCACGAUAUCGUCCUAUUUUAUCGAUUAGUUCCUUCAUUGCCGACAAAGCCGAUUAGAUUAUUUUCUCUCUCGCUCUUUCGCUUCUCUUCCAUCGAUACGCCUCUCGUCCGUACUCGCUCUUUCUUUCUUCCUUCCUUCCUUCCGUAAAUCUUCUUCCUCGUCAUCUUCGCAGUUCGCUCCGCUACCAACCCCCCUUUACUUUGCGUCG